AUGCACGUGUUUAGAGUUUGCACGCCCUCCAUUAAGGUACGGAUUAACUGGACCCAAGUGUCCAACGUGGGGUUUGGACGACCUGCAUCUGGCGUCGCUCGCUGCUUGCUCUUCUACUACUACCACGUUACGUGCAAGGGCAAGGUAGUUAGACAGGGUAUCGAGUGCCUGCGCGCACUUGCAAAGCUGCAAGCACACAAGAAGAACUUUUUCAAGUAUGAAAUCGGUAUUGCUUUCUUUUACUCUGUUCUCGUAACCACAAAGGCAAAGUAAACAAACAUGUAAAUAUGUAAAUAAACAAACUGACGAUGAAG